AGUGCUGGAUCAACACAAGCUGUCUAAAGAACAGUGGGAGCAGCGGAUCCAGACCUGGCACGAGGAACACAGAGCUAUGCUCAAGGAGGAUGCUAUGCUGGAGUAUCUAAAGAUCGCCCAGGACUUGGAGAUGUAUGGAGUCAACUUCUUUGACAUCAAGAACAGGAAGGGGACAGAGUUGUGGCUGGGGGCAGAUGCCCUGGGACUCAACAUCUACGAGAAGGUCGACAGACUGACUCCAAAGAUCGGGUUUCCUUGGAGUGAAAUUAGGAACAUUUCAUUCAGUGAUAAAAAGUUCAUCAUCAAGCCCAUUGAUAAGAAAGCUCCCGAUUUUGUGUUCUACGUACCACACCUUCACCUGGAGGAGAAGCACCAGAAACAGAUGGAAAGGGCCCAGCUGGAGAAUGAGAAGAAGAAACGGGAGGCCAUGGAGAAAGAGAAGGAUCAGAUGGAGAGAGAGAAGCAGGACUUGAUGCUGAGGCUGUACCAGUUUGAGGAGACAACCAAGAAGGCAGAGAGAGGUAAGGACAUGUAAUACGGGUAAGGAAGGUAGGGUGCACCACAGAUUUCCAGACAGACUUCCAUCCUUUAUAAUCUAAUCAUUCAUAGGAAGGUAGGGU